CACUUGUGUCAACACUAGCCAUUAAGGCAAAUCUUGUCGUCGAGAUUAAUACAUUACUUACGGAUUUAAGCCAAAUAAGAGAUAUAAUUCAAGCGUUGGCGAUGUAACUACUUGACUACUCUUAAGCAGCAAUUUUUUAUAUAAUUUGUAUCUUUUGUAGUGAAAUAAGUGAAAAUUUAUGUUGUUAUCUAUUUAUCUAUAUCGACUCAGUUUCUAUAAAGCUUUUGCUUGGAAUGAGUAUUUUACAUUUUGGUCCUUUGUCGAUUUUUUAUUGUUAAGUAUUAUUUAUUUACUGUUUCUUUGCCAAAAAGUUAUUUAUUUGAUUGAUUACAGUGAUAUUUUCUUUUAAAUCUGUUCCAUUUGUAAACCGUUUUAUAAAAAGUCGGGUGACUUAACCGACAUAAUAUUUCCAAAUUUAAAAUCUGAAUAGCUUCUUUUUAAAAAAUGGCGAUGUUAAGCAUGUACGUGUUAGUGGUAAGUGCGGUGCUAUUAUGCGCGUACGCAAGGUGGAAGAGUGUGUGGCGCGCACGCAAGUUAUUAGGGCAUCUCCCUCAUUGGCCUACAUUGCCGAUCAUCGGGAACCUCCAUCAAGUGUACGGGAGCAGUGAACACUUAUGUAAUCAGGUGAUCCGUGUUUCAAAUAUUAUGAAUGCUACAAGGAUGCCCUUUCUCUUGUGGCUUGGACCGGUUCCAGUUGUUGCAGUGAGCGAUCCCCUGGAUGUGAAGGCGGUAACUAAUUCCUACGUGGAGAAGCCUUAUCUAUACAAGUUUGCCGAACAUUUCCUUGGCGAUGGUCUUGUAACGGCCCGUGGAUCAAUAUGGACACAUACUUCGAAGAAGCUCUCAGGAGUGUUCUCCACCAAUGUCGUGGAUGGCUUUCAGGAUAUAUUCAACGCAGCAGGACAGAAAUUGGUGACGAUGAUGAAGGCGCAAGUGGGGACCGAACCAUUUGAUAUAUCCCACAAAUACAUCAGCAUCAUAUCGUUGGAGAGUAUUUAUCAGGCAACUCUAGGAGUACGGAACACGGAAAACUGCGCAGUGACUGAUGAAUAUCGCCAAAAGCUCAGCAGAAUUAUGGAGCUGUAUAUGUUCCGAUUAGCGUUUCUGCCCUUUCACCUCAACUUCUUGUACCGGCUCUCCCCUGCUUACAGAGAGUUGACUAAAUGUGAAGAUUGGUUGAAAGGGACGGCUGAAACGAUUUUAAACAAAAGAAGAAAAGAACUAGAAGAACGGGCACGAAUAACAGAAGAAAAUACAGAAGAAACUAGCAAAGCGAAGUUUUUACCGUUUUGUGACAUGCUCCUCUCGCUGAGCGAGAGUGACCCAGUGUUCACGCGCAGACAGCUGGUGUAUGAGCUGAGCACCAUCAUGGCGGCUGGGCACGACACCGUCUCCCACGUCCUCACCAUGAGCCUCAUCAUGAUCGGCAGCCAUCCACACGUCCAAGAUAAACUUUAUGACGAAAUAAGAGCAAUAUUCGGGGCCAGCAAGCGAGCCGUGACCAAGGACGAUCUCUGCCAGCUGCGAUACUGCGAGGCGGUUAUCAAUGAGACCCUCCGCCUGUACCCUGCUGCGCCGCUCGUCGCUCGCGACGCUGACAAAGACCUGGAUAUACGAUCCUGCACGAUUCCCAAAGGAGUAAUAGUUGUUACGAACAUCAUGGCCGUGGGACGCUCGCAGCACUCGUGGGGCGCAGACGCGGAUACCUUCCGACCUGAACGCUGGCUGGAGCCGCAGGAGCCAGGGCAGAGCCCAUUCUUCAUACCCUUUAGUUAUGGGAAGAGAAACUGCAUAGGUAAAAGAUACGCCAUGUCAAUGAUGAAGACAUGUGUCGUGCACUGCGUGCGCGAGCUGGUGUUGUCAGCUGACAUCAGCGACCUUCGCUUCAAGGUUGACAUCACCAUGCAGCCAAUAUCUGGACAUCUCGUUCAAGUUCGAUUGAGGGAAGAUCAGGAAUCCCAUUAGGUCUUUCGGCACAGGCACACCCCAGACUCUUCAUACAAAACACCUCGUUUUACACAGACACUACACAUUGUCGUUACAGUGCACUCCCGUCUGUGUGUGUGACGUCUGUCGCCAUACGAUUGAAGACUAAACUAUGUUCGAGAACAGGAGCCGGAAGCUCUGAACACUAGACCACGGCGGCUGGGUUAGAUUUAGGUUUAUUUAAAUAAUUAAAAAAAAAUAUUGGGACUGGUGGGUCUGUUUAUUAAUAAUAAAAAUAAUAAUAAAAUUGACAAUAUUUUA